AGAGUGAAUUACGAUUUGAGAAUAAAUUAAAAAUGGUGGCUUAAUAAUAACUUAGGAAUUGAAACGAAAUAAUAUUUUUAAAGAAGAAGAAAACAAAAAAUUGUGAUGUUAAGUUUAUAAAAAAUAUAAUGUCAACUCCAGUUUCGAAUCGUAAAUAUGGAGCGCAAAAAAUACGACUUACGAUUCUGUGUGCCAGAAACCUAGUUCGGCGGGACUUAUUUCGGCUGCCAGAUCCUUUUGCAAAAAUAUCUGUGGAUGGUAGUGGCCAAGUGUAUUCAACAAGUGCAGUAAAAGCUACAUUAGAUCCUAAAUGGAAUACACAUUAUGACUUAUAUUUAACUAAAGGUGAUGGAAUUACUAUAAGUAUUUGGAAUCAACGAAAAGUACAUAAACGACAAGGAUCUGGGUUCUUAGGUUGUGUUCGAAUUCAACCAUCCACUGUUCAUAAAUUAAAAGAUACAGGAUAUCAAUGUCUCGAAUUAUGUGAAGACAGCUCUGGAGAAACAUGUGGAGUAAAGGGCCAAGUAAUUGUGUCUCUGUUGUCAAGAGAUAGUACAAGAGGUGAACCAGCCUCAGCUGCUGGAGAAGGUUCUCCAUUGGCUGUGGUUGGACCAGCAGGAGAGGUCAGGGCUCCACGGGAACCCCCUGUAAGCAAUGUUUCAAAUUCUCCACUUCCCCCUCAUUGGGAGGAACGGCUUACUUCAAGUGGAUGUCCAUAUUACGUGAAUCAUGCGUUACGUCGUACGCAAUGGGAGCGGCCGAGAUCUGAAGCUACGAGUCCGCAGGUCUCCCCGCCGUCAUCUCCCACACCUAUGAGCCCUGUUUCGCCAGUAACACCUGUAUCACCUGUAUCACCUGCUUCGCCUGUAUCAGACACGGACGUCAGCCAUGGAAAUUCCAUAUCAUUAAGGCCCGAGCCUCAACCGCAAACAGCGGUGCGGUCACGACCGCCUGCACUGCAGUCUUCCCCUUCAGCUUCCAAUUCUACAUCAGCACCUAUAGCAGCUACUGACCUUCCACCUGGCUAUGAAAUGCGGACAACUACCCAGGGUCAGGUAUACUUUUAUAACAGUAUCACUGGAGCAUCUACAUGGCAUGAUCCCCGAGUGCCCCAGCACUUAAGACAUUGUGCGGCGGCUGCAGGGCCCUUGCCCCCAGGCUGGGAGAUGAGACACUCCCCUUCAGGUCGACCAUACUUUGUGGACCAUAAUAAGAGAACCACCCAGUUUACAGACCCACGACUCGCUUUGUCUGCGCGAUUGACGCCUCCACUAGAAACCCCUACAAACCCGGUCCCUACCCCGUCAAGUGCAAGUGAACCUGCGGACACUGACGCCUUACCAAAGUACAAGCGGGACCUCGCAGCUAAAGCUAGAGUACUAAGGGCCGAAUUACAGGCAUUGCAACCUCAAACCGGACAUUGUAGGAUCGAGGUUUCUCGAAACGAAGUGCUAGAAGAAUCUUACCGAUUAGUAAUGAAGUUACGCGGGAAAGAAUUACGAAAACGGCUAUUAGUCAAGUUUCGAGGUGAAGAGGGUUUGGAUUAUGGAGGUGUUGCAAGGGAAUGGCUACAUUUAUUGGGAAGGGAAUUGUUUAACCCGCACUAUGGACUCUUUCAAUAUGCCAAUGCGGGAGAUGACCGAUAUGCGUUGCAGAUUAAUGCGGAUUCUGGGGUAAAUCCUGAGCACCUUUCCUACUUCCAUUUCGCGGGUCGUAUCCUCGGCGUUGCCCUAUUUCAUGGACAUCAAUUAGAUGCUGCCUUUACCGCGCCCUUCUAUAAGCAGCUGUUGGGAAGAGCUAUCACCUUGAGGGAUAUCCGGGAUGUUGAUCCAGAAUUACAUAGAUCUCUUUCUUGGAUGUUGGAAAAUAGCAUAUCAGGCGUUAUAGAUACAACAUUCUCCGUGGAAUGUUCAUCUUUUGGGGCCGUAAGAAGCGUCGAACUCCGUCCAGGAGGUACCAACGAACAGGUCACGGACACCAACAAACGCGACUACGUGCGCUUAUACGUUGCCCACCGCUUCACGCGUGGUGCGGAACGCCAAUGGCUGGCUUUGCAAAGAGGUUUAGCUGAUAUAAUCCCUCCACAGCUCCUUCGACCAUUAUCCCCUAGAGACCUGCAGCCCCUUCUAGCCGGGAGGGCCGAUUUAGACCCGGCUGACUGGAAACGUCACACCCGGCUUAAACACGUGAACCCGGACGCGCCGAUCGUCAAUUGGUUCUGGGAAAUUGUUGAGGAGUUUGACGCAGAGAUGAGGGCACGGUUACUCCAAUUCGUCACGGGGUCACGACGGGUACCGCUAGCUGGCUUCAGAGCCCUACAAGGGUCCACUGGAGCGGCAGCGCCACGCCUGUUCACCUUACACCUAGUGGCGGAUGCCGCCCCAGACUCACUUCCGAAAGCACAUACAUGUUUUAACCGCCUGGAUCUACCAUCUUACCCCACUAAAGAAAAACUACACGAUAAGUUAACCCAGGCUGUUCUAGAAACAGCCGGAUUUGCAGUAGAAUAAGCGAAUUUACAAUUGGAGAUAUAUAGAGACUGAAAGAUUUAUUUGACAUGACAAAAUUCUAAAAAUGACGUUUUUGAUUUAAGCUUUUAAACAAAUUAAACUGAAGGUUUGCUGGGACAGGAUGUUUAUAAUUUAACAUGAAAGGGCUGUUUAACAUGCAACGUCAGCGUUAUGAAAAUUCGUGUCGAUAGCAGUACAAAAUAAUUGAACUUAAAAUGAACUCUUCCAUUUAGAUAGUGAAUUGUACAAAGCAGCCUAAAAUACCAUAUUUUUCAUCUAGUAUUUGCAUAAUAUAAAGGUCAGCGUUUUAUUUAAAUAAUUUAAGAAAAACAUUGCUAAUGUGCACAAUUUAAAUAAUUUUACAUGCUCAAAUAAUGAUACAGUAUACAUUCAACCCUGUUUUUAGGAUUAAGAUAAAAAAUUACCUUAUUAAGAAGAUCACAAUUAUUUAACCGAAUUCAAGUAUAGUUGAAAUAUAUUGUCGAAUUAUUAAAUUAUAUUGACCAAAUUGACCAUUAGAUCAGUAUUACUUUAUGUGCUUCGAAGUUGUACUUAUUAACUGAUUACUAUUUGAUUUGUCUUAGUCUACCAAUCAUAAUAUUUUGAUUAUGACAUUUGACCAUUAAUAGACACUUUAAUGAGAGCACUUCUGUUUCGUGUUGAAUUUUACUUCCUAUUUCUACCUUUAUUGGCUUUUGCUUAGGUGGGUAAGAGGGUAUUAAUCUUGUGCACAAAUAAUUAUUGUAUCCUUAAUAAGUGUUGCUAGAUAUAACCCCUUAUUCUUAGAAACUAAAAAGCCUGUUUUAGCUCAAUUCAUUCUACUUGUCCAACAAGUUAAACCAAUGAUGUGUGAAGAGUUGCAGCAAUGUUUUGGUUAAAACAGUGUAUAUAACUGAUUUAGUAUUUAGUAAUAAGGGGAUUAGUAUAUAGUAUUUGUAUUGACAAAUCAACUGAAAAUCGCUUUGUGUCAAAUAACUUAUCUUACUCAUAUAUUGGUCAUUGAAUAUCUUCCAGAAAAUGGUAAAUAAACAUUGUUGGUAAAAAUUAUGUUAUAGUUAUAUAUAUUUAAAAAAUGUAUUAUUUUGUAAAUAAGUUUUAAUUUAGUACAAAGCACAGUACGAUCUGUUAAUGUUCAAUCAAAUAUAAAGCAUACUAGGGGUG